AUGAAAUUAUUUCUAUCGAUUCUAUUAUGGUGGUGUAUGUUGGUAAAAGGGGAAAUGAAAAUGGAGAAAAGAGAAGGGUUGAUCAAUUCAACUACUGUAUUCCACGAGACUGCUACCCCAUCAUUAUCAUCUCUAAAACUAUUCAACCCUUCCUCUCUCUCCAGCUCAUCUAUCAACCAAGAUCCAAUACCCGUAUCUACCCUCAACUCAAUAACAUCCAAAGUAAAAGUUUCAACCCCAACAGGAGUCGAGAUACCUUCAGCAAGUACGACAUACGGUGAUGGAGCAUUAGGAUCUUUGGUCCCUUCCAUAUCUUCGAUUUCAGGUUUUGCCUCCGCUUCGACGUCACGAUCAGGAUCGAGUGGGGAUACUUCUGAUGGGGAAAGAGUCAGGGUGGGGUUGAUGGGAUUGGCAAUGGGGAUGGCGGGAGUGGGAGUGGGGGGAACUCAUGCCAUUGGCCAAUUUUGA